AUGGCGGGCGUGACGAAUGAGCGCUACUGCACAGUGCUGCUGCAGCAGGUGACGGGCGAGAAGGCGCUUCCUCCGUCGCAGGAUGAAAUCCUCAAGGGCCUCGAGUCGCCCAAGGUGGAGCUUAAGAUCCGCGCCGUCAAGAGCGCCAUCCUCGCGCUACUACAAGGCGAAAGACUGCCCAAGGUGUUGAUGCACAUUAUCCGCUUCUGCUCCACCCAGAGCGACCACACUCUCAAGAAGCUGCUCAUGGUGUACUGGGAGAUCGCUCCGAAGUACGAGCAGCAGCAGCCGGGCGAUACGUCUAAAGCUCCUCCCAAACUGCUCCCAGAGAUGAUCCUGGUGUGCAACGCGCUGCUGAACGACUUGAACCACCCGAACGAAUACAUUCGCGGUUGUAUGCUUCGUUUCCUAUGCAAAAUCAAAGAAAAAGACAUCCUGGAGCCUCUUAAAGACGCAGUGAAGAGCAAUCUGGAGCACCGUCACUCAUAUGUGCGCAAGAACGCCGUCAUGACGGUCUACACCAUGUACAAGACGUUCGGGGACGUGUUGAUCCCCGACGCUCCCGAACUAAUCGAGCGCUUCAUCCUCAACGAGAGCGACGCGGGCGCCAGACGCAACGCCUUCCUCAUGCUCAACGACUGCGCACAAGACCGCGCCGUGACCUUUCUGAUGAACGCCAUGGAUCAGGUCCCUAAGUUCGGGGACGGUUUCUCGCUCGUGAUCCUCGAGAUGACACGUAAAGUGUGUCGACAGGAUCCCGCACAGAAAGCUCGCUUCGUGCGCUGUGUCUUCCAGCUGUUGAACUCGUCGUCCCCUGCUGUGAGCUACGAAGCAGCUUGGACGCUCGUCACGCUGUCCGCUGCUCCAACUGCAGUGCGUGCAGCAGCCAAGACGUACUGUGGCCUGCUGAACUCUCAGAGCGACAACAACGUCAAGCUAAUUGUGCUGGAUCGCCUCGCUGACCUCAAGAAACACCAUACGAAGGUGUUGCAGGAGAUCCUCAUGGACAUCAUGCGUGCGCUCAGUUCUCCGAAUCUCGAUAUCUGCAAGAAAGUAUUGGAGAUCGCCAUGGAUCUCGUGUCAGUACGUAAUAUCGACGAAGUGGUGACUCAUUUGAAGCGUGAAGUGGUCAAGACACAGGACAAAUCGCGCGAAAAGGCUGGAGAGUACCGUCAUUUGCUGAUCAAAGCCAUCCACGCCUGUGCUGUCAAGUUCCCUGAAGUUGCCAAUGCAGUGGUGCACUUGUUGAUGGAAUUUUUGAACCAGCCAGAUGGCGCGAUGGAUGUCAUUCUCUUUGUACGUGCGAUGUGCGAGAGUUAUCCGGAAUUACGUGAGAGUAUCCUGCAGAAAUUGAUGAUCUCGUUCACAGAUAUCUCGCUGGCAAAGGUGUAUCGUGUCGGUCUUUGGAUUCUGGGAGAGUACGCUACUCUGCCGCCUCAGGACGGGACGGAAAGCGACACGUCGAUCUUCGAGGCGGCCAGUACAAUUUUCACUGCUAUUGGUAGCUUGCCAUUGGCCACGGAGGCGAUGCUGCAGGCACCUACGGAGAACCCGGAGGCAGACAACGCAGCUACGGGUGCGGCCUACUCGAAGCCGGUUACGAAGAGCGUUGUGUUGGCUGAUGGCACAUACGCCACGGAGACGUCUUAUGCUGCUCCUAGUACGAAGACUGCUGCUGAAGAGGAGGAUGUGCCUGGCUUGCGACGUCUAUUGCUGAACGGCGACUUCUUCCUCGGUGCAGCUGUGGCGUCCACGUUGACCAAGUUGUGUCUCCGUGUAUCGAACGGUGACGUUGCUAGUGCGACAGCUCGUAAUGCUGCGAUCAAGAAGCUGGUGGUGGACUCUACACGCUGCAUGUGUGCUAUUGUGGCGUACGGACAGUCGAAGGCGAGCAAGCACGAGAUCGAUCAGGACUCUGCACGUCGCAUUCUGAUGGGUGUACGUGUUCUUCUGGACCCUGCGAGUGCACAGGCUACACACGCGAUUAUCACAGAGGAGUGUCGUACUGCUUAUCGUCAUCUCCUUGAUACGCAAAAAGCUCAAGAGGCUGAAGCUGCACGUGCUGCGGCUGGAGGUGCCGACGGUGAACCGGUGACUCAAGCGGACGAUCUGAUUAACUUCCGACAGUUGCGUGGCAAGAAGGCUUUAGGUUCGACGGACAUUGACAUCGACGAUGGCGCAGAUAUUAACCGUGCUCUGGGGCAACAAGGAGACGGCUCUGACAACGAGUAUGCGGGUGCGAUGCGUCACGUGCACCAGUUGACUGGGUUCGCUGACCCUGUGUACGCCGAGGCCUACGUGACGGUGCAUGACUACGAUAUUGUGCUGGAGAUUCUGGUGGUGAACCGCAUUCCUCAGACACUCACAAACCUGACGGUGGAUCUGUCUACUAUUGGUGACCUCAAGCUCGUGGAGCGCCCUCAGCCGCAAACCAUCGGGCCGCUUGACCAGCGUACGAUCCGUGCCAACAUCAAGGUGAGCUCCACUGAGACAGGCCACAUCUUUGGUACGAUUGUGUAUGACUCGGCUUCAGGAGCUGAGAAGACGUACGUGAACCUGAACGACAUCCAUCUGGAUAUCAUGGACUACAUCAAGCCAGCCACAUGCACUGACGCAGCUUUCCGUGCGAUGUGGGCCGAGUUCGAGUGGGAGAACAAGGUGGCGGUGCACACCGAGCUGUCCAACGUGUUCGAGUUCCUGCAGCAUGUGGUAGACAAGACCAACAUGCGGUGCAUGACGCCGACGGCUUCGUUGGGUGGCGACACGAACUUCUUGGCUGCUAAUCUGUACGCCAAGAGUGUAUUCGGAGAGGACGCGCUUGUCAAUCUCAGUGUGGAGAAGCAGGACAAUGGUCGCAUCGCUGGUUACAUCCGUAUUCGCAGUAAGACUCAGGGGAUUGCACUCAGCUUAGGCGACCGUAUUACAGCUGUGCAACGCGGCAAGGAGAACCAAGGUAAGCGGAAAAAACUACUGUCCUAG